GCUCCUUGGCUCCGGCGUCCUGGUUAGCUCCGCCGCCGCCGCCGCUUCCUCUUCCUCCUCCUUCGCCGCCGCCGCCGCCGCUCGCAGCACCGCAGCCCCUCCCGCCAUGGCCGCCGCCGGCGCCCGGCGCAGCCCCGGCCCCAGCUCGGGGCUCCGGGGGCGGCGGAGGCUCGGCUUCCACCCGGCGCCGCCGCCGCUGCUGCUGUUCCUGUUCCUGCGGCCGCUGCUGGCCGGCGCCACGGCCGCCGCCUCGCGGGAGCCCGACAGCCCAUGCCGGCUCAAGACCGUCACGGUGUCCACGCUGCCCGCCCUGCGGGAGAGCGACAUCGGCUGGAGCGGCGCCCGCGCCGGGGCCGGGGCCGGGGCCGGGGCCGGGGCCGCCGCCGCGUCCUCGGGCUCCGCCGGCUCCGCGGGCACCGCCGCCGAGUCGCGCCUCCUGCUCUUUGUGCGUAACGAGCUGCCGGGGCGCAUCGCGGUGCAAGACGACCUGGACAACACCGAGCUGCCCUUCUUCACCCUGGAGAUGUCUGGCACGGCAGGGGACAUCUCCCUGGUGUACUGGAGACAGCAGUGGCUGGAGAACGGGACCUUGUAUUUCCACGUCUCCAUGAGCAGUGCCGGCCAGCUGGCCCGGGCCACCGCGCCCACGCUCCAGGAGCCCUCAGAGAUUAGAGAGGAGCAGAUGCACAUUCUCCACAUCUCUGUGAUGGGUGGCCUCAUCGCGCUGCUGCUUCUGCUGCUGGUGUUCACUGUGGCUCUGUACGCCCAGCGGCGCUGGCAGAAGCGCCACCGAAUCCCCCAGAAGAGCGCGAGCACGGAAGCCACUCAUGAGAUUCACUACAUCCCGUCCGUGCUGCUGGGACCCCAGGCCCGGGAAAGCUUCCGUUCCUCUCGGCUGCAGGCUCACAAUUCUGUCAUUGGCGUGCCCAUCCGGGAGACCCCCAUCCUGGAUGACUAUGACUACGAAGAGGAUGAGGACCUACCCCGGCGGGCCAACCACGUCUCCCGGGAGGAUGAGUUUGGCAGCCAAGGGACGCACACCCUGGACAGUCUGGGCCGGCCUGGAGAAGAGAAGGGGGACUUUGAGAAGAAAGCAGCAGCUGAGGCGACGCAGGAGACAGUGGAGUCCCUGAUGCAGAAGUUCAAGGAGAGUUUCCGCGCUAACACGCCCAUCGAGAUCGGUCACCUGCAGCCAGCCCCGCGCAGGGCCUCGGCAGGGAAGCGGAAGCGGAGGAGCAAGUCUCGAGGGGGAAUCAGCUUUGGGAGAACCAAGGGGACUUCGGGUUCAGAGGCAGACGACGAAACACAGCUGACGUUCUAUACGGAGCAGUACCGAAGUCGCCGCCGCAGCAAAGGUUUGCUAAAAAGCCCAGUGAACAAGACAGCCUUGACGCUGAUUGCUGUGAGCUCCUGCAUCCUGGCCAUGGUGUGUGGCAGUCAGAUGUCCUGUCCACUCACCGUGAAGGUGACUCUGCAUGUGCCUGAGCACUUCAUUGCAGACGGGAGCAGCUUUGUGGUGAGUGAAGGGAGCUACCUGGAUGUCUCAGACUGGUUAAACCCGGCCAAGCUGUCCCUGUAUUACCAGAUCAACGCCACCUCCCCGUGGGUGAGAGACCUCUGCGGGCAGAGGACGACAGAUGCCUGUGAGCAGCUCUGCGAUCCAGAAACUGGAGAGUGCAGCUGUCAUGAAGGCUAUGCCCCCGACCCGGUUCACAGACACCUGUGUGUGCGCAGUGACUGGGGACAGAGUGAGGGACCUUGGCCUUACACUACACUCGAGAGGGGCUAUGACCUAGUAACAGGAGAACAAGCCCCUGAAAAGAUUCUCAGGUCUACUUUCAGCUUGGGCCAAGGACUCUGGCUUCCUGUCAGCAAAAGCUUUGUGGUUCCGCCUGUGGAGCUCUCCAUCAACCCUCUGGCCAGCUGCAAGACAGAUGUGCUCGUCACGGAAGACCCUGCGGAUGUCAGGGAAGAAGCGAUGCUGUCCACAUACUUCGAAACCAUCAACGACCUGCUGUCCUCCUUUGGGCCAGUUCGUGACUGCUCUCGGAACAAUGGGGGCUGCACUCGAAACUUCAAGUGUGUGUCUGACCGCCAGGUAGACUCCUCAGGAUGUGUGUGCCCCGAGGAGCUGAGGCCCAUGAAGGACGGCUCCGGAUGCUACGACCACUCCAAAGGUAUCGACUGCUCGGACGGCUUCAACGGGGGCUGUGAGCAGCUGUGCCUGCAGCAGACGCUGCCUUUGCCCUAUGACGCCACCUCCAGCACCAUCUUCAUGUUCUGCGGUUGUGUGGAGGAGUACAAGCUGGCUCCUGAUGGAAAAUCCUGCCUAAUGCUCUCAGAUGUCUGCGAGGGCCCCAAAUGCCUCAAACCUGACUCCAAAUUCAACGACACCCUCUUUGGAGAGAUGCUACAUGGUUACAACAACCGGACCCAGCAUGUGAACCAAGGCCAAGUCUUCCAGAUGACCUUUAGGGAGAACAACUUCAUCAAGGACUUCCCUCAGCUGGCCGAUGGGCUGUUGGUGAUCCCACUGCCGGUGGAGGAGCAGUGCCGGGGGGUCCUCUCGGAGCCCCUCCCGGACCUCCAGCUGCUCACUGGGGACGUCAGGUAUGACGAGGCCAUGGGUUACCCUAUGGUGCAGCAAUGGCGGGUCCGAAGCAACCUCUAUCGUGUGAAGCUCAGCACCAUCACUCUCUCAGCAGGCUUCAACAACGUCCUCAAGAUCCUGACCAGGGAGAGCAGUCGGGAGGAGCUGCUGUCCUUCAUCCAGCACUACGGCUCCCACUACAUUGCUGAGGCCCUCUAUGGCUCCGAGCUCACCUGCAUCAUCCACUUCCCCAGCAAGAAGGUCCAGCAACAGCUGUGGCUCCAGUAUCAGAAAGAGACCACAGAGCUGGGCAGCAAGAAGGAACUCAAGUCCAUGCCCUUCAUCACCUACCUCUCAGGUCUGCUGACGGCCCAAAUGCUGUCGGAUGACCAGCUCAUCUCAGGUGUGGAGAUCCGCUGUGAGGAAAAAGGCCGUUGUCCAUCUACCUGCCACCUUUGCCGCCGACCGGGCAAGGAGCAGCUGAGCCCCACACCAGUGCUGCUGGAAAUCAACCAUGUGGUACCACUUUAUACCCUCAUCCAAGACAAUGGUACCAAGGAGGCCUUCAAGAGUGCACUGAUGAGCUCCUACUGGUGCUCAGGGAAAGGGGACGUGAUCGAUGACUGGUGCAGAUGUGACCUCAGCGCCUUUGAUGCCAGUGGGCUCCCCAACUGCAGCCCCCUCCCACAGCCAGUGCUUCGUCUGUCCCCAACAGUAGAGCCCUCCAGCACAGUGGUCUCCUUGGAGUGGGUGGAUGUUCAGCCAGCUAUUGGGACCAAGGUCUCCGACUAUAUUCUGCAGCACAAGAAAGUGGAUGAAUACACAGAUACGGACCUCUACACAGGAGAGUUCCUGAGUUUUGCUGAUGACUUACUCUCUGGCCUGGGCACAUCUUGUGUGGCAGCUGGUCGAAGCCAUGGAGAGGUCCCUGAAGUCAGUAUCUACUCCGUCAUCUUCAAGUGUCUGGAGCCCGACGGUCUCUACAAGUUCACUUUGUAUGCUGUGGAUACACGAGGGAGGCACUCAGAGCUCAGCACAGUGACCCUGAGAACGGCCUGUCCGCUGGUGGAUGACAACAAGGCAGAAGAGAUAGCAGACAAGAUCUACAAUCUGUACAAUGGGUACACAAGUGGCAAGGAGCAGCAGACUGCCUACAACACACUGAUGGAAGUCUCAGCCUCAAUGCUGUUCCGAGUCCAGCAUCACUACAACUCUCACUAUGAGAAGUUUGGCGACUUUGUCUGGAGAAGUGAGGAUGAGCUGGGGCCCAGGAAGGCCCACCUGAUCCUGCGGCGACUAGAGAGGGUGAGCAGCCACUGCUCCAGCCUCCUGCGAAGCGCUUAUAUCCAGAGCCGCGUGGACACCGUGCCCUACCUUUUCUGCCGCAGCGAGGAGGUCCGGCCUGCGGGUAUGGUGUGGUACAGCAUCCUCAAGGACACCAAAAUCACAUGCGAGGAGAAGAUGGUGUCCAUGGCCCGAAACACGUAUGGGGAGUCCAAGGGCCGGUGAGGGAGGGUGCUGCCCUCCGUGAGCACAGAGACUCUCCGUGGGAGGGGGAGCAGUACUCUCAUGGAUCCUGGGGCCUGGGGGGGGGGCUGGGGGACAGCUGAGGAUGGGCCUGGCAGAUGAGGCUUGCCAGCAAGGCCAAAGCAAACUCUUUCUCUUGUGGAUAGCCGACGAGAACUUUGUAACCACUGGAAUUAUCCGUUUUUCUCUAUCUUUUAUUUUUUCUAAGAUCUAUUUGACUCUAUCCAAGUCUCUCCUUUUUAAACUUUUUCUUAUGGAUAGCGGUCAGUCCCGAGGCAGGAGCUUUCAGGUGGAGACCAAGCUGCCUUUGCUCUUCUUCCUUCCUCCUGCCACACUCAGCUUCCUUCCUGCAACGGACGCUGGAGGAGACCUCUGGAGAGACAAUCUGACCUCUUCAGCAUCAGGAAGGAGGCCCCGAGGAUUGGUGCAGUGAGGAAGCUUGGGUCUUGACGACUUUUUUUUUUUUUUUCCAGACAUUAUUGAGUUUGCAGGACCCCUGCCUCUUCCUGCUACCUGUGGGUCUGCCCAGAGUCCCUGCAGGACUUUCCAUGCAUUAAAAAUUCUUAUUGUCUCUCUUUCUGCUUGGGGAGUGUUUCUUGCCACUGGGGGGCCUCUGUUUAUUAACUUAACAGGUAUUUAUUGAUUACCUACUAUAUGCUAGGCACUGGACAUGCAACUAAAGAGUGAGAGGCUCCCUGCUCUCACGGAGCUUCCAGUCCAAUGGAAAUUGUAGAGAAGCAGUUCAGUGCCUUCAGGCUGUAGCAGGGGAAGAAUGGAGGUUAUUUAGACUCAUUGUUGGGCCAUGAGACAAACGCUGAAAUGGUUCCUAAAAAAGGGAUGUCUGAAGCCCAAAGGAUGGGGAGGGAUAAACCAGACAGAGUGCGGAAGGAUGAAAUGGGUCACCAUGAGCAAAAGUCCAGAAAUAAGAGAAAACAGAACACAUUCAAGGGCUGAAAACUCUUUUUUUAAAGAUUUUAUUUAUUUAUGUAUUUAUAUAUUUUAGCAAAUGUAGAGAGUGUGUGAGCAGGGGGAGUGGCAGAGGGAGAGGGAAUGUCAAGUGGACUCCGCAUUGAGCAUGGAGCCCGACGUGGGGCUUGAUCUAGCAACCCUGAGAUCAUGACUGAUUGAAAAUCAAGAGUCUGAUGCUUAACAGAUUGAGCCACCCAAGCAUCCCAUGGGCUGAAAGCACUUUCCUUUUUUUGUUUUCUUUUUUCUUUUUAAGAUUUAUUUAUUUACUCUAAAGAGAAAGCAUGCAUGAGCCAGGGGAGAAGUGAAGGGAGAGAGAGAAUCCUCAAGCAGACUACACGCUGAGUGCAGAGCCUGACCCUGGCUUGAUUCCAAGACCCUGAGAUCAUGACCUGAGCCGAAAUCAUGAGUCGGCCACCCAACCAACUCAACCACCUAGGCGCCCCUGAAAGCACUUUCAAUGACGAUAGAGACCCAAGCAGCUGGAAGGAAGAAAGCUGGAGCUAGCUGGGGUGUUGGAAGUUUGGGACAGAAAGUUUGAUAGUAUUUGAAGUAACUGAGAGCCACCACAGAAUGUUAACAGAGUGAAAUGCCAAGCUUGCUGUUUAAGAAAAAUUGUUUUGGCCACAGGGGUAGAAGUGGGGCUGGAGAAGGCCCCAAAAAGGGUUACUGUUGUUAUUUUCCAGGCAAGAAGCGAUGGCAGCUUGGAUCUUGAGGUCAUGGAGAGACAUUCCGCCACUGGAGUCUUCUUUUAAAGGCGAAUGAACUGCUUCCAAUGUGUUACCUGGGAGGGUAAUGAUUACAAAGAGGCAUUAUAGAUUGUUUACAUUCUGGUAAUAACUCCCAGGAGCUAGCUUGGUUGAGGAAGUAAGGAUGUAGGUCAGGUAUUCCAUAAUGCAAGGAUGACACCUAUUAGAAGAGAGUUGGGCACUAUGGGAAUUCAGAGAGAGGGAGACAAACUGAAUACCAGUAAAACAUAAGCAGUUAAAAAUAUGCCUACUUCUCAGUUUUGAUGAGUGCCUCUGAGGUCAACAGUCCCUUUCCUGAAAAUCUACAUGCUGAGUCCCCCUCAACCACCACCACCUCCACCCGCCGACUCUGCUACACACGGAGAAACAAAGCCCAGGGACACUCUUCCAGACAACUCAGGUGCCUAGAGAUCUGCUCAACUUCCAGCAAUCUAAACUCAAAGAUACUCUUUCAAGAAGUUUUAUUAUAAUUGGAUUUACAUUUCUGUCCCUGGCCUUCGCUGAGUCACCCCAUUGUUGUAGCUUUCCAUUGUCUUGACCCAUCCUGAGGAAAAAAUUAGCUCAACAGUUGCAGAAAAUUAAACUCCCCAGUGUGCUGGGGCUGUGGUCUGAGCCUGAUUAAGUUGACUCUGUCUCUGUCGCCAUUCACCAGCUAUUACCUUGGAGUGUUGAGAGCUACAGUGUGGUCUGGACAUGGAAUGGAUGAGCGUGAAUGUGGGAGGUUUUCCGGCACUGGUGGUAGCUCAGCAAACCUGAAACAGAGAGGUAUUAUAGGCGGAGGACCAUCAGAUAAGGCUGGACAGGUAAGCAACGACCUGUGCUGAAAAGUUGGGCAUUAUCGUACGGGACAGAGAUCAGCAAACUUUUUUCCUUAAAGGGUCAGAGUGUACAUGUUUUAGGCU